CCAAGAUUCGGCGCCAAUUGCUCAUUGGAUUUUGGAAUUCGUAACCUCCGUUCAACUAUCCGCCAACUGACAUUACCAAACAAUCCGGCCGAUCUCCCCAUUUCCAUACGCCAAAGAAAGGGAGUCAUGAACUUCCCGCCGAUCACGCCGCUCGCUUUCUUCUUCUUCAUCUUGUCCACCGCGGCGGCGGCGGCGGCGGCGGAAUCUUCACCACCGCAGUGCAAAGCAUGGCUAGUCCAAUCCAUACCCACCGACAUGCCCGACCUCCCUCGCGUCCCCGGGGUUCUCUCCUCCAGCGACGUCCUUCGCUGGCUGGCCGGCAACUCAACCGGUAGACUCGACAUCAUCGCCCAGUACUGGUCGCUCGUCGCCUCGCCGGAAGAUCCUAGGUCGGGAGACUAUGGAUACUCGGAGGCCGAUAUGCAGAGGUUCGGAGCUGGUGAAGGCGCCGCCGUUUACAAAUCAAUCGAGGACGCUUCUGAUCGCGAUGUCAAAAUUAGAUUGCUGCAACACUCUGGGGUUUAUCCUGACUUCACUAAAGAGCCGACCGAGCUUGCUUCGAGAAGGCCUGGAAAUGUGGAGAGCGCCACUCUGUUGUUGAGCAAAUGGUGGGGUUCUGGUAUUGUUCAUGCCAAGGUCUGGAUAUCUGAUCGUAGAGAUGUGUACAUUGGUUCCGCCAAUAAUGACUGGAAAUCCCUAACUCAGGUCAAAGAACUGGGGAUUUAUCUCGUUGAUUGUCCAAACAUAGCUAAAGCUGUGGAGAUGUACUUUGAUAACUUGUGGAAGCUUGCAUUCUUGAAUUCAUCAAUUCAUACAAGAAGGGUGUGGGAUCGAGAAUGGCAGGUUAAUAGAACAGUUCCAUGCUGGUCACAUUUCAUUGAUCGUAGAGCAAGGUGCAGGUCGCCUAUCCCUAGUUAUGUGGAGGUUCCCCAUGUUAGAGGGUACCCUAUAUUAUCAGACCCACGAAUGUUGAAGCUUCCUAUUCAGACUCCUGGAUCUAACUACUCGACUCUGAGCCCUCAAAUGAACUACCUGUCUUUUGCUCCACCUGAGCUGCUGUUUGGGAACCAUCAAACUGAUGAGCAGGGCUGGGUUGAUACAAUCAAAUCCGUCGGAACUGGGAUGACAGUAAGAAUUAGUACCAUGGAUUGGCUUGGGCAGUCAGAAUUCACAGAUGACGCGGUUUACUGGUCAUCUCUCUCUUCUGCAAUAUCACAGGUUGUCUUCUCGAAGCACGCCAUGGUGAAGAUACUGGUAGCAUACUGGGGGCACAACAUCAACAACACAGACCAGUACCUGAAAUCCCUGCUCUACUCCAACGCCCUGUGUUCUUCGUCGAAAUACAACCACUGCAGCGGUCGAGUCGAGAUCAAGUACUACAUGGUUCCAGGCUACAACCUCACGGGGCCUAGCCUGACGAGCAACGGGACGACGAGGACGGGGAACUUGUAUCCUGGUUUUACCAGGGUGAAUCACGGGAAGUAUGCAGUCAGCGACGUGAGAGCGCAUAUAGGCACGAGCAAUCUGGUGUGGGAUUAUUUCUACACGACGGCUGGUGUCAGCUUUGGGACGCACCACCCUGCAAUUGUGAGGCAGCUCCAGGCCGUUUUUGAUGCUGAUUGGGAGUCGCAGUAUGCCGUUCCAGUUGAUGAACGUCGUUCAUAUUCUAGCUGAGGGGCAAUUUUUGUUUAUAGAAAGGCAGGUUAACACGGCCAAUUCGUAGAUGAUUAUACUUCUUAGACCUUCAGUGAAAUUUGUUGCAUCUAUGACCGUAAUAAUU